GAUUCCGUUGAAUCGAUUGGUUGGCGAGAUACCUGUCAAAAAUGGUUGUUUUCCGGGGAGAUCCGUGUGGAAUUUGUUGCAUUCUCAUCACUUAUGCGGCAGUAUUUUAUGCCGAUUAUGUUGUUGUCCGUCACUUGGUAAUUCCGUCCAUGUCUGAUACCCUAUGGGGAGUCCUCAAUGUAUUCCUGUUCAACCUAAUUGUAUUCCUGAUAGCUGCCUCACACCUCCGAGCAGUUAUGUCUGAUCCAGGGAUUGUGCCUCUACCCACCACCAGUCUAGACUUCUCUGACAUGCACAAUGGGCAGAAGAAAGAAUUGUCUAACGGCUGGUCAGUGUGCAUGAAAUGUGAGACGUACAGGCCGCCCCGUGCCCACCAUUGUAGGAUCUGUCGCAGGUGUAUACGUAGAAUGGAUCACCACUGUCCAUGGAUUAACAACUGUGUUGGAGAAUUCAACCAAAAAUACUUCAUGCAGUUUCUGUUUUAUGUUGGUAUGGCUGCCAUACAUGCUACAACCAUGGUCAUAGUAUCAUGGAUUUUGGACCCUGGUGUCCAGGGGGACCAUAAAAGUCUGAAGCUGGUCCACUCUAUAUGCCUGAUUAUAGAGAGUCUUCUAUUUGGUCUGUUUGUGAUAGCCAUAGGCUGUGAUCAGUUGUCAGCCAUAUUUAACGAUGAGACAGGGGUGGAGUAUGUGAAGAAGGAAGGGUUACAUCGCAACAAAUCAAAAUUGCAACUUCUGCAAGAGGUGUUUGGGAACAGUCAUCCAGCAAUGUGGUUAUGUCCCUUGGUAGAUACUCAACAAAAGAAGGCAACUCUGUCAAUGCAUGACGUCUGAACAUUCCAAUUUCAAACUGAAAGGCAGAAAUCUGUGAUUGAGAGUUUUCUGUACAUCAAACAUACAGGCAGAAGUUAUUAUAUAUGUUGUUAUCUGUCGUGGAAUGGCAAAUUUUAUAGUUAAAAACUGUAGAAUUUAGAAUUAGCACAUUUACUUUUUAAUCUCAGAUAUUUUCAUAUCAUAUUAAAAGAUCAUAGAGAAUACUGUUGUGUUUUUUUAGCUACUAGUAUGUGGCAAUUGCGAAUUAUGAAAAAACAGAAAAUUUGCUUAUCUUGUAGUCAGCAAAAUAUACUUAAUGUCAAGAUUUGAAAAUGCUAUAUUGUUGGUAUAGUGUAGCAUUGAUCAAUAACUGAACUGCCUUUAAAUCAACAUUGUAGAAUUCAUAAAUUGGUUUUGUUGUGACCUGCACCUGCUAAUUACCUAAACAUUUCUUGAUAGUUCACUGUUAUCUUCAAGUUGUUCUGUUUAAAACUGCAUAGAUGUUGAAUAGUAUCUAUAUAUUGCAAAAAUAUCACAUAUCUUGAUAUGAGAAGUUAAUGGUCAGAUGUAUGGACUGAUAUUGACAUUGUUUACAUCUUCAGCUGACUAUUCAUUCACUUAAAGUUAUUAGGAAACUCUGAUUUUUGUUACACGUGGAAAUAUUCACUUCUACGACAUACAUUUGUCAUGAGAGUCACUUUUCUCGAUAACAGCAUACUAUUGAGUUUUAAAUAUGCCACAAUCAUUUAAAUGAGCGGUUGAAAAAAAGAUUCACAUUAAAUGUGUGCUGAAGUAUGAGUCAAUGGCUUUCUUUGUUCCCAUUAGGUCAAUUGAUAUUAUUUGUAAAUGAUGCAAUUAUCACACAAUGUUGACUCAUUUAUAUGUUAAAUUCAACUGAUAGAAAUACAACACAUUAUGUAAUAGUACCUUUGUUUAACCCUUUCAGUGCGGGAACCGAAUUUUGAAGGCCUUUGCAAACAGUUUGGAUCCAGAUGAGACGCCACAGAACGUGGCGUCUCAUCAGGAUCCAAACUGUUUGCUAUUCCGAUAAUAUUCUUUGAAAAAAAAUCGAAGAAAAUGCUAAUUUUAGAAAUUCAGCAGACGACAUUUUAGCAGACGACAAAUUUCCCAGCAUGCAAAGGGUUAAGUGCUGCAAAGAUAAGUCAUUGUAAAGCAUAUUUCAAAGAUUUGCAAACUCGAAGAUGUCUUUACCCUUUGCUUAUCGCAGCGGUGUUAUAUAAAUGUUAAAAAUUGAUGUACAUCCAGUCUUGAUAUAUUUUAAUGUUGUUUUGUUUUUUAAAUUUUAAUUAUGUUUGCAUGGUAAUUAUGCUCUUGUACAUAAUGUGAUGUGUACAUAGGAUGGUCGAAUUGUUGUUGUAUUUGUUGUUAUUUAUGUGUAAUUAUCAAUGUAUAUAUCAUAAAUAUAUCAUUAUCUUUCACUGUAACUCGGGCGGUGAAAUGUUAAUAAAAGUUUGUUUCAUAUUUGAUUCUUUAACUAUAACAUUUUAUUUGUUUAGUAUAAUACUGGUAUAUAAUACCAGCAUGCUUUAUCUUUUAUAUACGUUUUUUCUUUGGCAUUUUAAAUCAUGUAUUAAGUUUGAUUUGUUAUUCUUACUGCAUGCUUAUGUUAAAAGCAACAACAUUUUUGGCAUAAUUUUGUCAGAAACAAUGUCCCAAAGUUUAACCAAGCUACUGUUUUAGAAUUGAAGAAUUAUCAUUUAUAUAUGCAUGUUAAUAUUUUAUUAUUUUAGCUCAUCUGACCCGAAAGUGCUCAAGAUGCGCUAUUAUGAGCACCCUAGUAGCAGGUGUGCAUCCUCUAUUGCGCAGUGUGUGCCGUCAACUUUAAGCUCAUUAGGUCAAUAGAGGCCUGACUUUUAUUCAAUCUUGAUGAAACUGGGUCAGAUUUUGUAUCUUAAGACAAAGUUCAAAUCUGGGUCACUGGUAUCCAAAAAUAGGUAGCCAGGUCAAAUCUUAGACAAACUUGUAAAUAACCAUUUUAGGUGCCACAUUAACGUCAGAAUCUUGAUGAAAUUUGGUCAGAAUUUUUUUUUAGGCCAAGUUCGAAUCUGCAUCCAAAAACUAAGUCACAAGGUCGAAUUGUAGGUUUCAGGUCAAACCUUCAAAAAUUGUAACCUCUCUACAAUUAUCACUAAAUCAUGCUGAAACUUGGUCAGAUUCCUUAUCAAUAUCUAGGCCAAGUUGGGAACUGGGUCUUUAGAACCUAUAGACUGAAGUUGCAAGUUCAAUUCUAUUGAAAGCACAUAACUCAAUCUUGAUGAAACUUGAUCAGAGUGUUUAUCUUGACAAUAUCAAGUCCAUGUUUGGAUCUUGGUCAAGGGUGGUUAGAAAUCACAUGACCAAAUCAAGUUUUCAACAAUUGCACUUUAACCCUUUCCCACUCAGAAGCAAAGUGAAAAUGGCUAUGUGCAAACAGCAUAAAAACAGAACAAACUGCAACUUGCAGGCUGUUCAGGAUUUAUGCUGUUUGCUGCUCUUCAGUAUCUAAGGAAUGGAAAUGAAACCUUUUAAACUUGAAUCUAGUAAGAAAGGUCUUCUAUUAAAUUUAACUUCCUAAAGAACUACAAAUGCGUAAAAAGUGGCUAGCGGUUAAAUAUGUAUCUAAGUUGUAAAGGGUUAAAUAAGUAAGUGGUGAAUAAUAGUGAUGUGCUUCAGAGCCGUCAUGACCCUUAUGUUUGUAGAUUUGUAGUCCCUUUUUUUCCAACCAUCAAAGCAAGGUACAUGGCUGUAUAAUAUGCAGGGUCAAACCAAGUUCAACAUUUUUAAAAGAAAAAGAAGAAACAAAUCUCGCAAGUUUUUUGUGAUGCGUGUUUUUAUUUCAUUUUCUAGGAAUUAAAUUUCCUAGCACAAAAUCCGUAUUUGGGGUGUAUUAUUUCACUUAUAUUCAUUAUAUUUGUAACACUAUAAUCUGAAAAAAUAUAAAAACAUUAUUGUCUGGUUUCUUUUUUCAUAAACUAAUCGUGUUUUGGUCUGUACAGUCAAACAAUCAAAUAAUAUACAUGUGUAGGCUGUCCUGUUAGUGAUUUAAAUUAUUGUAUAUUAUAGUUUACAUUCACUCAACAGGUUUUCUAGGUUACAGGUUACAUGGCACAUAACAAGGCAUUAAAUAGUCGACGCUUCAAUUUGCUGAUGGACACCUAUAUUGUUACUGCUUUUUUAGGCAGUUGUGUUUUAUCUAUUGGCUUAAAGUCAUGUUUUUACUUCCAAUAAAUUAUUUGUUAAAAAAAAGAAGCAGGUUUGAUGCAUGAUUUCUUAUUUAUAGCCAGUACACUUGUCACAUUUUAUGGUUACUUUAAAAUGUAUGAUAUCAUUUUUGAUUGUCAUACUUUUACAUUCUCACUUGCUUUGUUUUAUAAAAAGAAUGACUAAUCACUUUUGAUGAAAUUGAUGAUUUCUGGCUUUAUCUACUUACUAAAAUAUUCACAUAGGUCCUUGACAUUACAUACCGUUUGUUAAGUGUUUUGUUUGAGUGAUUCACUCAUCUUUCUGAUUUCUUUUAAAAUUGCAUCAACAUGUUGUAUUUUCAUUUUGUAUCCAAGGUAGAAAAUGUCAUGUUAAAAAUGUGACUAUUUAUAAGAAAAACAAAUGUUUAUACAAAAAUAAACUGAAUAAAAAAAAAUU